CUGCGCGCGCUCGGCAUGUGUCAGUUGUUGGAAACGUGGUGUCCGGGGGCGGAGUCAGCGUGCAACGAGCGCCCGGAUAGCCCGGGCUGGCGCGUGGCCCCGGGUCCUGGCUACUUGGAGGGUUCGGUGGGGUUUCUAGCCCGGCCGCAGGCUCUGUUCGAGCCCGGCCCGCGCACAGAGGCUGCCCAGUCGGGCCCUGGGGCUCUGGCUUUUCCGGUUGGGCAGCUCCUGGUGUGCGCCGGGCUGGGUGCAGGGCGGGGAAACGUCCAACGACAGAAACUGAAAGCAGAGGACAAACAUCACGAUGCUGCUCAUGAGAUCAUCGAGACCAUCCGAUGGGUCUGUGAAGAAAUCCCGGAUCUCAAGCUCGCCAUGGAGAACUACGUGUUGAUAGAUUAUGACACCAAAAGCUUCGAGAGCAUGCAGAGGCUCUGUGACAAGUACAACCGGGCCAUCGACAGCAUCCACCAGCUGUGGAAGGGCACCACCCAGCCCAUGAAGCUGAACACUCGGCCGUCCAAUGGGCUCUUGCGGCACGUCCUGCAACAGGUCUACAACCACUCAGUGACCGACCCAGAGAAGCUCAACAACUAUGAGCCCUUCUCGCCUGAGGUGUACGGGGAGACGUCCUUCGACCUGGUGGCCCAGAUGAUCGAUGAGAUCAAGAUGACUGAGGAUGACCUGUUCGUGGACUUGGGAAGCGGUGUGGGCCAGGUCGUACUCCAGGUCGCUGCAGCCACUAACUGUAAGCAUCACUAUGGCGUCGAGAAAGCGGACAUCCCAGCCAAGUACGCGGAGACCAUGGACCGAGAGUUCAGGAAGUGGAUGAAAUGGUAUGGAAAAAAGCAUGCAGAAUACACAUUGGAAAGAGGCGACUUCCUCUCAGAAGAGUGGAGAGAGCGCAUCGCCAACACGAGUGUUAUAUUUGUGAAUAACUUUGCCUUUGGUCCUGAGGUGGAUCACCAGCUGAAGGAGCGGUUCGCAAACAUGAAGGAAGGUGGCAGGAUCGUAUCCUCGAAGCCCUUUGCACCUCUAAACUUCAGAAUAAACAGUAGAAACUUGAGUGACAUCGGCACCAUCAUGCGCGUCGUGGAGCUGUCACCCCUGAAGGGCUCCGUGUCGUGGACGGGGAAGCCAGUCUCCUACUACUUGCACACUAUUGACCGGACCAUACUUGAAAACUAUUUUUCUAGUCUGAAAAAUCCAAAACUCAGGGAGGAACAAGAGGCAGCUCGGCGCCGGCAGCAGCGGGAGAACAAGAGCAAUGCGACUACCCCCACCAAGGUGCCCGAGAGCAAGGCGGCCGGCCCCUCGGAUGCUCCCAUGGAUUCCGCUGCCGAGGAAGACAGAGCCGGAACAGCCCCCGUCAAGAAGCCGUCCCCCUCCAAGGCCCGCAAGAAGAAGCUGAAUAAGAAGGGGCGGAAGAUGGCUGGCCGCAAGCGCGGCCGCCCUAAGAAGAUGAGCACUGCAAACCCCGAGCGAAGGCCCAAGAAGAGCCAAACUGCACUGGAUCUCCUGCACGCGCAGACCACAUCCCAGACAGCGUCCCCCUCACCCCAGGAUGCCUACAGGUCACCUCAUAGCCCCUUUUACCAGCUACCUCCGAGCGUACAGCGGCCCUCCCCCAACCCGCUGCUGGGGGCACCCACCCCGCCCGCGCUGCAGAAGCUGCUAGAGUCCUUCAAGAUUCAGUACCUGCAGUUCUUGGCAUACACAAAAACUCCUCAGUACAAGGCCAACCUGCAGCAGUUGCUGGACCAGGAGAAGGAGAAGAACACCCAGCUGCUGGGCACGGCACAGCAGCUCUUCAGCCACUGCCAGGCGCAGAAGGAGGAGAUCAGGAGGCUCUUCCAGCAGAAACUGGACGAGCUGGGGGUGAAGGCCCUCACCUAUAACGACCUGAUCCAGGCGCAGAAGGAGAUCUCUGCACACAACCAGCAGCUGCGGGAGCAGUCGGAACAGCUGGAGAAGGACAAUAGCCAGCUCCGUAGCCAGAGUCUGCAGCUGCUCAAGGCCCGGUGUGAGGAGCUGAAGCUGGACUGGGCCACGUUGUCUCUGGAGAAGCUGCUGAAGGAGAAGCAGGCCCUGCGGACGCAGAUCUCAGAGAAGCAGCGGCACUGCCUGGAGCUGCAGAUCAGCAUCGUGGAGCUGGAGAAGAGCCAGCGGCAGCAGGAGCUGCUGCAGCUCAAAUCCUGCCUGCCGCCUGACGAAGCACUGUCCACGCACCUGCGAGGGAAAGGCACCCUGGGCCGCGAUCUGGAGGCUGACCCCAGCAGGCUGCAUCUUGAGCUGGAUUGCACCAAGUUCUCGCUCCCCCGCUUCAGCAGCAUGAGCCCAGAACUCUCCAUGAAUGGCCACGCCACCAGCUAUGAGCUCUGUGGCGCCCUGAGCCGGCCGUCGUCCAAGCAGAACACCCCCCAGUACCUGGCCUCCCCCCUGGACCAAGAGGUGGUGCCCUGCACGCCUAGCCACGGCGGCCGGCCACGUCUGGAGAAGCUGUCUGGCCUGGCCGUGCCUGACUACACCAGGCUCUCUCCGGCCAAGAUCGUGCUGCGGCGGCACCUGAGCCAGGACCACGCAGCGUCCAGCAGGGCAGCCACCAGUGAGCUACACCCGCGAGCCGAGCAUGCCAAGGAGAACGGCCUUCCUUACCACAGCCCCAGCACGUCCAGCAGCUUGAAGCUGAGCCCUCAGGACCCCCAGCCCCCGUCCCCUGGGGCCUUGCAGCUCACCGGGGAGAAGAGCAGUGAGAAGGGUAUGAAGGAUCGAGCCUAUGGGAGCAGCGGGGAGGCCAUCACCAGCCUGCCCAUCAGCAUCCCGCUGAGCACGGUGCAGCCCAGCAAGCUGCCUGUCAGCAUCCCGCUGGCCAGCGUGGUGCUACCCAGCCGCGCGGAGAGAGUGAGAAGCACCCCAAGCCCCGUGCCGCAGCCCCGAGACUCCACGUCCACACUUGAAAAGCAGAUCGGUGCUAAUGCCCACGGUGCUGGGAGCAAGAGCCUUGCCCUAGCCCCCGCAGGCUUCUCCUAUGCCGGCUCAGUGGCCAUCAGUGGGGCCCUAGCCGGCAGUCCCGCACCACUCGCCCCGGGAGCUGAGCCAGCCGCCUUCGAGGAGUCCUCUGGCUCGGGGAGCAUCUUUGCCUCCGUGGGGUCCCGAAGCUCGACACCGCAGCACCUGCCCCUACUGGCACAGCCCCGCAGCUCUCGCCCAGCCUCUCCAGCCCACCAGCUCUCCGCCAGCCCCCGACUGGGUGGGGCCACCCAGGGCCCCCUCCCUGAUGGCAGCAAGGGGGACCUGCCCUCUGAUGCUGGCUUCUCAGAUCCUGAGAGCGAGGCCAAGCGGAGGAUCGUCUUCACCAUUUCCGCCGGCAUAGGCAGCGCCAAGCAGUCGCCUUCCAGCAAGCACAGCCCUCUGAGUGCGGGCACCCGUGGGGACUGCGGUCAGAGCCACGGGCAGGACAGCCGGAAGCGGGGCCGGAGGAAGCGAGCAUCGGCUGGGACCCCCAGUCUGAGUGCGGGUGUGUCACCCAAGCGCCGGGCCUUGCCACCUGUGGCUGGCCUCUUCACGCAGCCGUCAGGGUCCCCCCUCAACCUCAACUCCAUGGUCAGUAACAUCAACCAGCCCUUGGAGAUCACAGCCAUUUCGUCCCCUGAGAACUCCCUGAAGAGCUCCCCCAUUCCCUACCAGGAUCACGACCAGCCUCCCGUGCUCAAAAAGGAGCGGCCCCUGGGCCAGACCAACGGAGCACACUAUUCCCCACUAACCUCAGACGAGGAGCCUGGCUCGGAGGAUGAGCCCAGCAGUGCCCGAAUUGAGAGAAAAAUUGCAACGAUUUCCUUAGAAAGCAAAUCUCCUCCGAAAACCAUGGAGAAUGGUGGCAGCUUGGGAAGGAAGCUGACGCCUGCGAGUGAGCCCGUCAACAGCAGCAAGUGGAAAUCCACCUUCUCGCCCAUCUCCGACAUCAGCCUGGCCAAGUCUGCAGACAGCCCACUGCAGGCCGGCUCCGCCCUGAGCCAGAACUCCCUGUUUGCGUUCCGGCCUGCCCUGGAGGAGCCCGUCACCACCGACGGGAAGCUUGCUGCUCACCCUAGGAAAGGCUUUCCUAGCUCCCUGGCGGGGACCGAUGGACUUAGCCCAAACGCCAACCCCUCCCACGGCUUUGCCUUCAGCGGGAGCCUGGCCGCAGAACUCAACUUACACAGCUUCAGCGAUGGUGCUUCUCUCGCUCAUAAGGGCCCCGAGGCUCUGGGCUCCCCGCUGAGCUUCCCCUCGCAGAGGGCCAAGGAGGCCGCGGAAGCCAACCCCUUCCUCGGCAAGAGGCAGCUGGACGGCCUGUCCAGCCUGAAGGCCGAAGGCUCCAAAGGCAAAGAGGUGGGCGAAGGCGGCCUGGCCCUGUGCGGGCCUGGCGAGAAGGCGCCCCCACCAUUGGGCAGCAAGGCCAGCAAGGGCCGGGACCGCGACCUCGAUCUCAAGAAUGGCCACAACCUCUUCAUCUCUGCCGCAGCCGUGCCUCCCGGGGGCCUCCUCAGUGGCCCUGGCCUGGCCCCAGCGGCAUCCUCUGCAGGCGGUGCGGCCCCUACCGCCCAGACUCACCGGCCCUUCCUGGGCGCCUUCGCCCCGGGCCCACAGUUCACGCUGGGGCCCGUGUCCCUGCAGGCCAACCUCAGCUCGGUGGCCGGCUCAUCUGUGCUGCAGUCCUUGUUCAGCUCGGUGCCGGCUGCUGCGGGCCUGGUCCAUGUGUCCUCUGCUGCCACCAGACUGACCAACUCACACGCCAUGGGCAACUUCUCCUCCGGGGUGACAGGCGGAACAGUUGGAGGUGUCUUUAACCACGCGGUGCCUUCCGCCUCUGCUCAUCCGUUUGGAGCCCGUGUCGGCCGUGGGGCCGUAUGUGGCAGCGCCACGCUGGGCCCGAGCCCGCUGCAGGCGGCGGCCAGCGCCUCGGCCUCUUCCUUUCAGGCCCCGGCCUCGGUCGAGCCUCGGCCGCCCCCUCCGCCUCCGCCUCCCCCACUCCCUCCGCCUCCGCACCUGGGCCGGCCCCCUGCGGGGCCACCCACCCUCCACGCACCCCCUAACGCCGCCUUGCCUCCUCCCCCCACGCUGCUGGCCGCUAACCCCGAGCCCGUGCUUCUGCAGAGCCUUGCGUCCAUCCCACCUAACCGCGCUUUCUUGCCCCCUGCCUCUGCCGCCUCCCUGCAGCCUGCUAACGCCUCUUUGUCUGCCAAGCUGGCCUCCCUCCCGCACAAGGGCGCCCGCCCCUCCUUCACGGUGCACCACCAGCCCCUGCCUCGGCUGGCCCUGGCGCAGGCCGCGCCCGGGAUUCCACAGGCCAGCACCACGGGGUCGUCCGCUGUGUGGGUUUCCCUUGGCAUGCCGCCUCCUUAUGCCGCGCACCUUUCGGGGGUUAAGCCGCGAUAAAGACUUGCUUAGCUAGCAGUUCGUAUUGUGUAAGGUAACUAGGACUUCUACCUCAACCGCGAGACCUAUGCAAGGACGGUGUGGACCAAGGCGCCUGCUACACGGUGCUUGCCAGCCUGCCCGGCUCCCCUGAGCAGCGAGGAGGACGGGAGGACGAGCUCUACUGUGAAUCGCGGCACACCCGCAGGAGAGGCUGGGCCUGGUCCAGUUGUACUGUCGAUAGUUUUAGAUAAAGUAUUUAUCGUUUUUUAAAAAGUAUAAA